UACAAAAUUAGACCUAAAAGGGAGGAGACGGGGAGGCAGCGGCGAGUGAGGGUAGGGUGUCGUUAUUCCAUUGUCUCGUACAGAUGUAAAAAAAGCUAGGGCACCAAAAUUGAGAAUAUACUGUUGAAUUUUACUUCUAACGAUUAAAAUAUCUAGGAAUGUUUUUAAAAGUGUUGCAUUUAUAUGAUAAAAUAUAAUUAAAAUUGUAAUCAAAUUACGAAUUCGAAAUUCUAAUAGAAUUAUAUAAGAUUAUAUGAUUUUACUACAAAAAAAGAGCAGGAGUGCUUAAAUCUGGAACUAACUUGUCUAUAAUUUCAUAUUCCUACUAGUCAGACAGUCUCUUUGUAAACAAUUUAUAAGAAUUUUCGACCGAGAGAGCUGAGUAAUCAACGCAUGUGCUGGUUUCGCGCAUGCGUUACCACACCUUAAUGAUUUCUCCUACCUUAGCUGCUUUCAAAGACUUACGCUCGAGGCUUCAACACAUAAUGUGAUAAAAGGAGGUUUAUAUUAAAAAUGAGGCACGGCUUAUGAUAUUAACUUCACCUGUCCAUCGUACGUGAUAGUACGAAGGAAGACGGGAAUUCUGGAGGCGUAUGUGUGAUUGAAAUGAGUUCUCCUAAAUUGAAUGAGAGAUGUCCGAGCAACAUGAGCAAUGGCAAAAAACAUUUGAGUAACGAUUCUAAAGAAGAUUCACUGGAUAAUUCGAUAAGAGAGUCAAUUAAAUCGGAGAGGCCUAGCGGUAAAAAUGAAGAGGACUGGAGACGGCGCACUAUCAUUGUAGAAAAGAAAAAUGGCAGUUAUGGUUUUACGCUUCAAAGUUACGGAAUACAUUACAAAAAGGAACAAGAGAUAGAGGUUAUCACGUAUGUAGACCACGUAGAGGUGGACGGCCCAGCUGCGAUAGCUGGCAUGCGAGAAGGAGAUGUCAUCUUGUCCAUCAACGGCGCCGACGUCGAACGAGCUGAUCAUGCCAACAUCGUCGACGCUAUUAACGGUUGUGACGCCAGAAUGAGAAUGGUUGUUAUUUUUGAAGACUGCGUGCGUAAAGUUGAAUUGCACCUUAAAUAUAUAAACCUUCAACGAGCGCUACAAUCUAAAAUGCGAGAACUUGAGCAAUUAACUAUUCGUGAAAGGCAACUCUUCGAUUCCAACUGGAAAACGCACAGUUUACCUUCGCAAAAAAAGAAAUCUUCUCCUGCAGAUAUCAUAUCUGACUCAGAAGAAAACAACGUCAACGAAACUAUAAACAACACUUAUUGUAGGCCUACACUUUCAAGCGAAAAUGUUACUGCUGCAAAACCACCUCAGCCUAAUGUAUUUAUGUAUCAGUACUUAGAUCCUAGAUACGGAGCCUGUCUUAUUCAACCAAACAUACACACAGGCAGUUUUGUAAUUACUGUAGGUUCCCCGAGAAACCGACGCGAUUGUCACCAUUGCGUCAUCAAAACUCCAGGCGAAUGCCACCGUUCUAAUGAUACAUAUAAAUCACAUAGCGGCAAACACACUAAAGUUCAGAGAAGCACUCAUAACCACAGCUGUGCUCCAUGUAUGCCGGCAUACAAUAAUCAGGACGCUAAUAGUCUCGAAGCUUACGAUCUAGCUAGCCCUUGUUGUGACCCACAUUGUGUACCAAACACGAGGAAAAAAGUUAGAAAGAAAAAGGAAUGUUCUAAAGAACACAAAAGGAAGGAAAAAUGUUUCCAGGUUGACAAAGCAACACAAAAGCCAGAUACAGUACCUCACACUCGGACAAAGAAGGUCUGCUCUUCUGGUCAUUGCUCGAAUCGUUACAGAUAUUUAACGACUGAAUCUACUCAAACCAGCCAGUGCAGCCUGCAGUCAUAUGCAACCAGUAAUGCCACAGUCCCAUGUGACAAUUCAGCUUCUAGUUACAGUACCUCAUUAAGCAGUGAUACAUUAUUUUGGGAUAACGAUCGGUCGGAAAUACAAGCCUCGCCAAAAAUACAAUAUCAAAGUUCCCAUCAACAUGUCAAACCGAAGUCUUGGGAUAAUUUAACCACUAAAGCGUUCGGAGGUUACGGAUUUGGAUAUGGAUACUUGGAUACAGCUACGAAGCAAUCGAACCGGUCCAAAAGCCACGGUCGUAGUCACAGCGGGCGUAGUACACAAAGUCAUCACGAGUACCAACAUCAUGUGCAAGAGAAGCAUUCUCACCGGGUACCCGUGACCUCACAUCACUAUUCUGUCUAUGCAAGGAAUCACAGUCAUUGUGCGCCGACUAAAUCCACCGAAAGUUUGAUAGUGGUUCCUAAAUACCAAUUGGAAAGUAGUGGUUCCGAAAGUAGGUUGGCUUGCGAAUGUGCUGAGUCUAUUGAAUACUAUCGUCGAAUUAAUGUGACCAAAAGCCCAGCAGAAUCACAUUCUUCUGGCUACUACACUCAACACAUCAUGUACCCAACCCAUACAUAUAAGAAGAAGGAACCAAACGUUAGUUCGGAAAUAACGCGACUAUAAAUACAUUGUUCCGAUUUCAUUAAAGUUAGUUUUCAUGUUCUACCAUAAGUUAAAUAUGUAACUUAACUGGUUUUAUUCUUCUUUGAUACAUUGAAGAGUACUGAUGCGUAGAUGAUGCUCAGUAUUUAAGUCAAUCUAUGCUAUACAUACCUAUUGUCAUAUUGUUGGUUUUAUAGUUUUUAAUAUUAAACUGAAAGAAUUCUC